AUGACGACUCGCAACCCGCCAACCGCCGACGCCGUCGAGAAGAACCCAUCCCCACCCGGCCAAACUGAUGAGGAUGUACAGCGGGACAGACAGGCCUCGAACGGCAGCUGCCCGAGGGACGUUGUCGGCCAUUCUUCCCUCUCUCGCCUCGAACGCUUGCCCACCGAGCUCCUGUCCCACAUCCUCUCUUACGACUACCUCACUUGGAAAGACCUCGACGCCUGCUCGCAAACUUGCGAUCGACUUCGCGCUAUCACCCGACCAGAGCGAGGGCUGGUGUGCGUGGUACGAUUAUUUGAGCACAACAACGGAGAGAGCAACUGGGUCGUCGAGGAACCCAAUUCGCGGCGAAUGUAUUACCGAUCACUGCAGAACCAGCAUUUCUGUGCUGAGGUGCACCGGGUCGAGAUCUACAGUCGUCAACUAUACACCGACGGAGACCAAAAUUACAUCGACGAGUUGGAACCCGAGUUCUGGACGUUUGGCGGGGUCGACUGGCGCGACCAACUCAACUCGUCGAACCUGGACCAGCUUGCCACGCAGCGGGUCGAGGAGCUGGUCGCAAACUAUGGGUUCGAUCCCGGCGACGACAGCAUCCCCACGAUCCUGCGUGCGUACCCGAACACUCGGAGCGUCCUCCUAGCCGACGUCGAGCACUUCACUAGGCCAGAUGAGCUGCUCGAAGCAGUGCCGGACUUGCGGGAACUUGAGUUGGUGGAGGAUGAAUACGAAGUUUCAGACGAGGAGAUAUGGAUUGAGACACUGGCGGAGGCCGGUGUACGGUACAUAGCUUAG